AUGACGCGCCCGAGUCUGUAUAAGGUCGUCGCGACCGAUCGCUGGGAGGCCUUCUUCGUCGAUGGGCUCACGGUCUGCGGCACACCGUGCGCCGUCGCCCAGACCUCAACUGCGUUGCACACGGCGCUCCUCCAGCUCACUCGUUCGGACUUCAUUUGGAACAAGCUAACUCCGACUGUCUGGAUCUUGGAGGCGCGGGCUCUUGCGCAGUUCCACACCGCCACCGCCGAACGGGCCACCGUGGACGAGGAGCGACCGCCUCCCGACAACAACAGUGAUGACGAUGACGGCAUGGACGAGGAGGUCUUCGACCUCUUUGACUGA